AUGCCUCGCAGCAGUCUAGGCAAGAGGACUCGAAGCGUCGUCGAGAAGGAGGUCGAUCUGGUGAUAGAAACUCCCCGAAAGCGAAGCAGGCGCAGCACAGCCAAGUACAGCAUUGAGGAUACGGAAAAUGACGAAAACUAUGAUCCGAACUCUGCCAAGGACGAAGUAGAUGAAGAUGACAUCUACGUGCCCGCCUCCAAAGUUUCGACCCGACUCAAGGUCUCUCCUUCUAAGCCUAUCCCCGUCACCCCUCAGACACCUAGGUUUCGAAAUGCUCUUUCCCGAUCGCCCGCCACCCCCAGGCACGCCGUGAUGUCUGCUGGAAAGCUCUUCAAACGAGCCGAUGCCGGCGAGCUAGUCGGGAGAGAAAGCGAGCGAGGACAAUUGAAUGAGUUUAUGGAGCGGCUGGGCUCCCCAAACCCCAGUGGCUGCCUGUACGUUAGCGGCCCGCCCGGGACGGGAAAGAGUGCCAUGGUCCAAGAGACGACGAAGCAGGCUUCGAGUACCACCGAGGUCAAAUAUUCCUACAUCAACUGCAUGAGCAUCAAGUCAUCCAAGGAUCUCUACGUCACACUAUUAGAUGCCCUGGACCAGAGCCAAGAAACGUCAACUGAAGCGGAGGCGAUGAAGUGCCUUCAAGGCAUGUUCAUUCAGAGAAAGAAAUCCGCGCAGACUUUCCUCGUGAUCCUCGACGAGAUCGACCAUAUCCUCACCAUGGGGCUUGAAAGCCUCUACCGUAUGUUUGAGUGGUCGUUGCAGAAAUCGUCUCGUCUCACUUUGAUUGGAAUCGCGAAUGCCCUUGACUUGACCGAUCGAUUUCUCCCACGAUUGAAAUCCAAGAAUCUCAAGCCUGACCUCCUGCCCUUCCUUCCCUACACGGCGCCGCAAAUCAAGAACAUCAUCCUCACCCGCCUCAAGAGCCUCGUGCCCGCGGACUCGAACCAACCAGGCUACGUCCCCUUCAUCCACCCCGCAGCGGUCGAGCUUUGCUCUCGCAAAGUUACUGCCGCCGCCUUCAGCAACGGCACGAAUCAGCGAUUGAAAACGCUCAACCUUCAGCAGAAGGCGGCGCUCUGUGCACUUGUGGCAUUUGAGAAGAGAAACAGGGCCAGCCAAUCCAUGAACGGUACAGAGACGCCGUCGAAGUCGUCGAAUAGCCUCGCCCCGACGGUAAAGAUGCUCUUUGAUGCAUACUGCCGGCUGUGCAAGAGCGACUCAGUCCUUCACCCCUCUCAAGCUCGGAGUGAGGAGAAGCGCGUCGCCAGCUGCGUUGGCGAAGAGGAGGCGGAACAGGCCACCGAUGGUGUCGGGGCGGGCAUUCUUAAAAGCAUAUUAAACGGUGAUGCUCUCGAAUACUAA